AUUCUCUCUCACCGUUUAGCUGUCGUUCUUUGCGUAACAUCCACUCCAACAACAACACUCGAUUUCAGACAACAUCAUGUCUUCUUCAGAUAGAGCUGAUAAACUCAAUCUUCAACAUUUUGAUGAAAAGAAACUUCAACAGAUGUACCUAUGUCAUAAGUUGUAUUUGAAAAAACGAUUGCUCCAGAAAAAAAAGAUCAGGAAAUUUUAUAGCUACGAAGAAUUUUGUAAACAGUUGGUAGAAGUGUGUAAUCUUCGAGCAAAAUACGGACUUGAUCCACCAAAGGAACCUGCCAAGGAGCUCAUUCAAAGUGCUCCAGUCAAUACUGGUGUUGAUGCAAGAAAAAGUUACCAUGCAUCUGUUUACAGAGCCUCUCUCCAAAAUGAUGCAUCCAGGAGGAGUAAUAAACACAGUAAGGUGUCGGGAAUAGCGAAGGGAAAGGGUGAAGCUGGCGAGGGUGGUUCCAGACAACAUUGUGUGCAAGAGGUUACCAGUUCUACGAUCAACGACAGGCUCUCCGUGGAGGUGGAAGUGUGUAAUCUUCGAGCAAAAUACAGACUUGAUCCACUAAAGGAACCUGCCAAGGAGCUCAUUCAAAGUGCUCCAGUCAAUACUGGUGUCGAUUCAAGAAAAAGCUACCAUGCAUCUGUUUACAGGGCCUCUCUCCAAUCAUCUGCAUCCAGGAGGAGUAAUAAACAUAGUAAGGUGUCGGGAAAAGCGAAGGGAAAUGGUGUAGCUGGCGAGGGGGUUUCCAGACAACGUUGUGUGCAAGAGGUUACCAGGUCUACGAUCAACGACAGGCUCUCCGUGGAGAAAGGAAAGAAUAAACUUUGGCAGAACGAAGAUAGGUUAAUUCGUCCGACCCAAGGUGUGGUGAUCAAUGAGGGCAUGGAAGGCAAACGCAAGAGAGGAGGUCAUCGCGAAGUUGAUGCCGGAGGUAACGGGAAACUAAAGGGUAAGGCUAUAGGUUCUUCGGAAGCCCCCGAUGCUCAAAGCGUCGACUAUGAAUUCACAAGUAUAUCAUCCAACAACAAUAGGUAA